GAUUAUGUACCAAAUUACAACUUCACAUUCUUAGGUUGAUUAUUGACGCUUAUUGUGAGACAAAACUACCAUCACAUGAAAGAGAGGGAACCGGCUGAAAAUGCAGAAUUAACAGGGCUGAUGCGGUGGGAAAUCCGAUAUGGCAGACCUUUGUUCUUUCCGAUGGAUCCUGGCAGUUCUCCUCGUCUCCCUCACACUUCUUGGAAGCCUGCUCGUCCAGUGGCCGUCACUGUUGAACACUUUCCAGAGACCUACAACACCAACACAGUCCAGCAUUCCUGUCAAUGUCACCACUACGACUGUUCUGGUUUGGUACUGGGCUUUUGGAUUUAAAGAGAACAUAAGGGGAAAUGUGUGCAAAGACAGGUUUGGCAUACCCAACUGUAUCUUGUCAGAUGAUCGGUCGUUGUUCUCUCAGGCAGAUUUUAUUAUCUUUCACAACCGUGAGCUGAUCAACGGGCAACAAAGGUUACCCUUCCAUUUGCCUCGUCCACAUAAGCAGAGGUGGGUGUGGUUCUCCAUGGAAAGCCCUGCCAAUAAUGGCAAUUUGAGGCCUUUUGCUGGGCAGUUUAACUACACUAUGUCUUACCGACGUGACGCAGACUUUUUUACCCCAUAUGGCUGGUUGGCACCACACAGUGUUGGACCUGGGAUGUCAGUUGAAGAUUUCAUUCCAAAAGACAAGUCUCAUUUGGCUUGUUGGAUUGUGAGCAAUUAUGCAGCCCAUCAUAGGCGAACGCGGGUAUACAAUCGAUUAAAACAAGUCAUACAAGUGGAAGUGUAUGGAGGGGCAGUGAACAGACGCUUGGAUAGUGAACACCUGUUACCCACCGUCUCUCACUGCUACUUCUACCUGGCCUUUGAGAACUCUGAAUUCCAAGACUACAUCACAGAGAAGUUAUGGAAAAAUGCCCUCGAAGGAGGCGCUGUGCCGGUAGUUUUAGGCCCAUCUAGGCGGAACUAUGAGGCCAUGAUACCAAAAGAUUCCUUCAUUCAUGUGGACGACUUCAGUUCUGUAGAGGAGCUUGGACAAUUCUUGAAGCAGGUUGCCGAGGACAGGGAACGCUAUGCGUCAUAUUUCAAAUGGAAACUGAACUACACAGUGGCACACACGAGCAACUGGCUGGUGGAACCUCAGUGUCGAAUUUGUACAACACUCACCACUUUACAAAAACCCAAGGUUUAUACUGACUUACAAUCUUGGGAAUGGAAGUAA